CCAUCCACUUCACCCCUGCCCAGCAGCUGUUCCUUAGCCCCCAAGUCCUGGCUCCUUUUGGCUGGGAGGAGAGGGCGUCCUGGGUCCCCUGGCCUAUGGGCCGGCAGGGGAGGAGUUAACUCCGGAGGUGCCGGCUCGACUCGCUGUACCUGCUGCCGCCGCCGCUGCCGGUGGGAGGGAGAGAGGGAGGGACAAGGAGAGAGGGAGCCGGCUGGGCGGCGGGAGCGCUCCAGUCUGGGCCCGCGCUGUAGCCUGGAGCAGAGCGAGAGGGCUCCGGGAGGAGUGGACAGGCAGAGAGGGGGGCACGUACGCCAGGGGGCGCGCCACUCUGAGGGGGUGGGCUCCAGGGCAGGGGGUGGUUCACCUCUGGAAUUAGGGCUGCAGAGAAGAAGGGGUGCGAGUCAGUCCCACGCACAUCUGGAAGAAGGGGGGGGGGCCAAGGGCGGCGGCGCCACUGGAGUCAAGAGGCGCGCAGGACAUACAUCUGGAACCAAGGAGCGGUCGCGCAGCUGGAUCCGGAGAGGAGCUCAGAACGCACAGCUGGGACUUAGGGGUGGGGUGGUAGGCUAGCACCUCGAACAGCUGCAAGAGAGGGAGAGGGCGGGCGCACAGCUGGACUAAGGCAGGGGGCGGGGCCCAACGUAGACAGCUGGAAGUGGGAGGGGCGCGCCCCCAGGGAACUGGAGAAUGGAACUGUGAGUCUAAAAGAGAGAAGCAGGUGAAGGGGGCAAGGUGGUACCCCAAGAGGAAGGGUAAAGGAAGAUGCAGCUCACUCGCUGCUGCUUCGUGUUCCUGGUGCAGGGCAGCCUUUAUCUGGUCAUCUGCGGUCAAGAUGACUCCCCUCCUGGCUCUGAUGACCCUGAACAUGAUGAUACUGAGGGACAACCUCGGUCCCGGGUGCCCCGGAAACGGGGACAUCUUUCCCCAAAAUCCCGUCAGAUUACCAGUUCCACACUUCUAGGGCUGCUGGCCCCACCAGGAGAGUCUUGGGGGGAUCCAGGACAGCCCCCUGCCCAUACUCACCAUAGCGCUGCAUCUCCAGCCAAACUGAAAAAAAUAUUUGGCUGGGGCGACUUCUAUUCCAACAUCAAGACAGUGGCAUUGAAUCUACUGGUCACAGGGAAGAUCGUGGACCAUGGCAAUGGUACUUUCAGUGUCCACUUCCAACAUAAUGCCACUGGUCAAGGGAACAUCUCAGUCAGCCUAGUGCCCCCCAGCAAGGCUGUGGAGUUCCACCAAGAGCAGCAGAUCUUCAUCGAAGCCAAAGCAUCCAAGAGUUUCAACUGCCGGGUAGAGUGGGAGAAGGUGGAUCGGGGCCGGCGGACCUCACUCUGCACUCAUGACCCUGCCAAAACUUGCUCCCGAGAUCAUACACAGAGCUCAGCUACCUGGAACUGCUCCAAGCCCUUCAAGGUCAUCUGUAUCUAUAUUGCUUUCUACAGUACAGACUAUCGGCUGGUCCAGAAGGUCUGCCCAGACUACAACUACCAUAGUGAUGCCCCCUACUAUCCUUCUGGGUGAUUCCCUGGAGAGGGUAGAGGGGAGGGCCUUCAGAGACCCUUCCCUCCCCACCAGGGGUUAUAGGGGGAUUUCACCACCAGAGGAAAAGGAGACCUGGGGGCAUGGGGUGGAAAAGAAACUGGAUUCCCAGGCAGAAAGGUCUAGUGGAGAGAGAACUGUGGGAUAUGAUCAGAGUAAAAUCAAGGAAGAAGGAAAAGGAAGAAAGCCUUGGAGUGGGAGCUAUUGUAUAACCUUAAACAUGUGAAAUAAACUGAGCCUCACAGGAGACUAUGAGUUGUGGGUAGAUACUGAGUUCCAGGGGUCUGGAACUAUUAGAGGAGCCUCUGGUCAGAAUCUAGAGUUAAGUAUCUCAAGGGAUUAUGUUAUAUAGAGGCACCUAGAACCUUAGCUCCUUGACCACUGUACUCAAAAAGAGACAGCUAUGAGAUGGUGGAUAUCUUCAGAAAAAAGUACAAAGUUGGAAGGACUCAGGAAAGUUUUGCAGUCAAGAGAAAGGCAUUCCCAAUAACCUGAGUAGAAAUACUAAAGAUGAACUUGGGUCAGAGCAAACAACCAUCUUUGUGUUUGGGAGUUGCCAGCACCUAGUCCUUGAAGAUCAGUAGUGUGAAGUGGGAGGGAUAACCAUCAAUCAUCAAGGUUAAUCAAGGAGCACCCUCCCCCUUCCCCUCCCCAAGUCACAUCCCAUAUCCUCAAGAGCCACUCUUCCCUGCUAAUUAACAUCUCUAGGGUGAUCCUACCAUCUACUCAUAGACAAUGUUGGGAGGCAUACUCCAUGAUAGGACAGGUUCCACCAGGGUCAUGGGGGAGAGGAGAAUCUAACCCCAGCAAAUGGUUCACUGGUCACAGAUGGAAAGACAUCCAGACACUGUACUAGCAUUGAUCUCUCCUCCUCUGCCCCAAUGCCUACUGAGUCCCCUCCUCCUGUAUUGGGUACGUAGCCCCAAGGGAAUACACUUGGGAGGGAAGACAGAACACCCAAUUCCCCUCUUCAACCUUUGCUUCCUCCACCUAAGUUGGCUCUCAGGGGUUGCCAGUUAUUUGGGAAGAAGCAAGGCUGAACGAGACAGAGGGCACUGGGUCCCUGUUUCAGAUGUUCUGUGGUAUCUGUAUUGUGUGUGGGGGUAUGGUGGGCUGGAAGGGAGGGGGGGGAUGUCUUGUAAAAUUAUCUUGAAUGUGGACUUCUGUUUGCAGACUCAUGUUUUUGGAACAGAGAAUAAAGCAUUCCCAGGACUUGGGGAUCUUAGUUGUCUAAA